CUAGUGUUGUUAGUAACAAUACUUGUAGUGGAAGGGAUUGCUGUGGCUCAGAAGACCCCAGAUGGACAAAAUAUUGGAAUCAAGCACAGUCCAGCAACACAGUGUGGCAUUUGGAUUCGAACCAGCAAUGGAGGUCAUUUCGCGUCACCAAAUUAUCCUGAUUCGUACCCCCCAAACAAGGAAUGUAUCUACAUCUUGGAAGCUGCUCCACGUCAAAGAAUAGAAUUGACCUUUGAUGAACAUUAUUAUAUAGAGCCAUCAUUUGAAUGUCGAUUUGAUCACUUGGAAAUUCGAGAUGGACCUUUUGGCUUCUCCCCUCUUAUAGAUCGUUACUGUGGCAUGAAAAGCCCUCCGUUAAUUAGAUCAACAGGGAGGUUUAUGUGGAUUAAGUUUAGUUCUGAUGAAGAACUUGAAGGACUGGGAUUUCGAGCAAAAUACUCAUUUAUUCCAGAUCCAGACUUUACCUACCUAGGAGAUUGCCAGUUUGAGCUCUCAGGAGCUGAUGGAAUAGUACGUUCUAGUCAGGUGGAACAAGAAGAAAAAACAAAACCUGGCCAAGCAGUUGAUUGCAUAUGGACAAUUAAGGCCACUCCAAAAGCUAAGAUUUAUUUGAGGUUCUUAGAUUAUCAAAUGGAGCACUCGAAUGAAUGCAAGAGAAACUUUGUCGCAGUCUAUGAUGGAAGCAGUUCUAUUGAAAAUCUGAAGGCUAAGUUUUGCAGCACUGUGGCCAAUGACGUGAUGCUUAAAACAGGAGUUGGAGUGAUACGGAUGUGGGCAGAUGAAGGCAGCCGGCUUAGCAGAUUUAGAAUGCUCUUUACUUCCUUUAUUGAGCCUCCCUGCACAGGCAGUACUUUUUUUUGCCAUAGCAACAUGUGCAUCAAUAAUUCUUUAGUCUGCAAUGGUAUUCAAAACUGUGCAUACCCUUGGGAUGAGAAUCAUUGUAAAGAAAAGAAAAAAGCAGGAGUGUUUGAACAAAUCACUAAAACCCAUGGAACAAUUAUUGGCAUUACAUCAGGGAUUGUCUUGGUCCUUCUCAUUAUUUCUAUUUUAGUACAAGUGAAGCAGCCUCGAAAAAAGGUCAUGGCUUGCAAAACUGCAUUUAAUAAAACGGGGUUCCAAGAAGUGUUUGAUCCUCCUCAUUAUGAACUGUUUUCACUAAGGGACAAAGAAAUUUCUGCAGACCUGGCAGACUUGUCAGAAGAGCUGGACAACUACCAGAAGCUGCGACGCUCCUCCUCUGCCUCCCGGUGCAUUCACGACCAUCACUGUGGAUCGCAAGCAGCCAGCGUCAAACAGAGCAGGACCAAUCUCAGCUCCAUGGAGCUUCCUUUCCGCAACGAUUUUGCACAACCACAGCCAAUGAAGACAUUUAACAGCACCUUCAAAAAAAGUAGCUACACUUUUAAACAGGCACAUGAAUGCCCUGAACAGGCUCUGGAAGACAGAGUAAUGGAGGAGAUUCCCUGUGAAAUUUAUGUCAGGGGGCGAGAAGAUUCUGCACAAGCAUCCAUAUCCAUCGACUUUUAAUCUUCGACUUAAGGUGACAUGGUCAUUCAGUGCGUGUGUAUGCAGCCUACAGAAUACCCAUGCUGUUUCCAACAAGUCCCCUUCCCCUGUCAAAACUGGGAAAACCUUUAUUUGCUCUUAACCUAUUCAUUGUGUCAGGCAGUAUAUACAUGUUCAGUCAACAGAAGUAAACCACCGUGUGGUGUUACACGGCGCUUGGAGAGGGGAGUGGCCGUCUCGUGUCAGGCCCAGGCUGUCUCAGUAUUAACAACAGGAGUA